UCAGAAAUGGAUGUUGCCUUAGCAGUUGGUGGUGCAUCUCGCUCUUUAGCUUUGGAUGUUCUCGUUGAUAGGCUUUCAGAAAUGGAGAUGUUUGUGAAGCAUAAGCAUCAUGCUCAGAUCUUAAAGCUGAAAUCGACUUUGCUUGGUCUUCAAGCUGUGCUAAGUUAUGCAGAGAAUAAGCAGGCAUCAAAUCACUAUGUGAGACGUUGGCUUAAUGAGCUUCGAUAUGCUGUGGAAUCUGCUGAAAACUUGAUAGAAGAAGUCAAUUAUGAAGCUUUGAGGCUUAAGGUGGAAGAUCUUGCAGAAACAAGCAACCAGCAAGUAAGCGAUGAUUUCUUUCUUAAAAUAAAGAAGAAGUUGAAAAAAACCAUUAAAACAUUGAACGUGCUGAGAAAACAAAUUGGCCGCCUUGGUUUAGAGGAUCAUUUUGGUUCGAUAAACCAACAGCCAAGUAGAACACUUUCAUGUGCUUUGGGUUUUGAAUCUGAUGUCUUUGGUAGGCACAAGGAAAUAAAGGAUUUGAUUGACAGUUUAUUGUCUGAAGAUCCAAGUGGGAGAAACCUGACUGUAGUUCCUAUUGUUGGAAUGGGCGGCGUGGGUAAGACAACACUUACUCAAAUGGUUUUCAAUCAUGAGAGGGUGAAGUGCCAUUUUGGUUUGAAAGCUUGGUAUUGUUUUUCUGAGCCAUAUGAUGCUUUGAGAAUAACGAAACAGUUACUUCAAUGUAUUGGCUCAUUUGACUGGAAGAUUGAUGGCAAUCUUAAUGUGCUUCAAAUCAAAUUGAAGGAAAGCCUAAAGGGAAAGAAGUUUCUUAUUGUUCUGGAUGAUGUGUGGAAUGAAAACUAUAAUGAAUGGUAUGACCUGAGAAAUCUUUUUGUACAAGGAGAUAUGGGAAGCAAGAUAAUUGUGACGACACGGAAGCAGAGUGUUGCUCAGAUGAUGUGUGAUGAGAAGAUGGAUCUUUGCGCAAUCACCUUGGGGCCUCUGCCUAGUGACGACUCUUGGGCUUUAUUCAAACGACAUUCACUAGACUAUUGGGAACAUCCAGCAGAACUUGAAGAGGUUGGGAAAAAAAUUGCAGAGAACUGCAAAGGGUUGCCUUUAACUCUAAGGACAGUUGCUGGUCUUUUACGCUUCAAAUCAGAGGUGGAUGAGUGGAUGUACAUUUUAAAAAGUCAAAUAUGGAAUCGUCCAAGGUUUUUGGAUUAUGUAUUACCAUCAUUGAUGUUGAGCUACAAUGAUCUUCAUGUGUAUUUGAAGCGAUGUUUUGCUUUUUGUGCAAUAUAUCCCAAAGGUUAUGAAUUCUGCAAAUACCAAGUUAUUUACCUGUGGAUUGCUAAUGGUCUUGUAUCGGAGUUUCAGUUAGGUAACAUGUACUUUAACGAGUUAUUAUCAGUAUCAUUAUUUGAGAAGGCCCCAGAGUCUAAAUGGAAACCAGAGAGAUUCUUAAUGCAUGACCUUGUCAAUGAUAUGGCCCAACUUAUUGGAUCUUCAAGACCUUGUAUGAGGUUGGAAGAGAGUGAAGGAUCUUAUCUGAUGGAACAAGAUGGUGACUUUGAGAAGAGGACAUUGCUUCCAAUCAAUAUCAGUUGCUCAUCUCACCUAAGCAAGAGAGUGUUGCAUAACAUACUGCCAAGACUGACAUGCUUAAGGGCAUUAUCAUUGUCUCAUUACAAGAUUAAGGAGUUGUCAAAUGACUUGUUUGUCCAAUUAAAGCUCCUCAAAUUUUUGGACCUUUCUUGGACACAUAUUGAGAAGUUGCCAGAUUCUGUUUGUGUAUUGUAUAACUUGCAGACACUUCUCCUGUCACAUUGUGUUAAUCUUGGGGAGCUACCGCCGCAGAUGGAGAAGUUGAUCAACUUGUGUCACCUUGAUAUAAGCAACUCUUCUCUCUUGAAGAUGUCGCUACAUCUGAGCAAGCUGAAAUGUCUCCAUGUGUUGGUGGGAGCCAAGUUUCUUCUAGGUGGUCAUGGUGGUUUGAGAAUGGAAGAUUUGGGUGAAGUACAUAACUUGUAUGGAUCUCUAUCAAUUCUAGAGUUGCAAAAUGUGGUUGAUAAAACGCAAGCUCUGAAGGCAAAUAUAAAGGGAAAGAAAAAUGUUGAGAAGUUGUCUUUGGAGUGGAGUGCAAGUAGUACUGCGGACAAUUCACAAACUGAAAGAGCCAUACUUGAUGGGCUAUGCCCAUACACAAACAUAAAAGAACUCCAAAUCACUGGAUAUAGAGGGACAAAAUUUUCAGAUUGGCUAGCUGAUCCUUCGUUUCUUAAGCUAGUAGAAUUAUCUCUUUGCAACUGCAAGGACUGUGAUUCCUUGCCAGCACUAGGACAACUCCCUUCUUUGAAAUUCCUUUCCAUCAGAAAGAUGCAUGGAAUAAUAGAGGUGACGGGAGAAUUCUAUGGCAGUUCAUCCUGCAAAAAGCCUUUUAACUCUCUUGAGAAGCUUGAAUUUGAAGAUAUGGGGGAGUGGAAGCAAUGGCAUGUUCUAGGAGUUGGCGAGUUCCCCAUGCUUGAGAAGCUUUCGAUUAAAAAUUGUCCGAAGUUGAUGGGGAAGUUGCCCGAAAAUCUUUGUUCUCUGACAGAAUUGAGAAUUUCAGAGACACCUCUUUUUGAGGAAAUGAAGCAGAUUGUUGAAUUAUAUAUUGGUAAUUGUAACUCUCUUACAUCCUUACCUUUUAGGAUACUGCCGAGUACCUUGAAGAGAAUGAGGAUAACUGGUUGCCGUGAAUUGAAAUUGGAUCCGCCAGUUGAUGAGAUGAGUUAUUGUAACAUGUUUCUCGAGGAUUUAAAUAACCAUGAUGAGCUCCAUUCACUAGGUCUUUGGCACCUCACUUCGCUUCAAAGUCUAGACAUCUGGAAUUGUCGUAAUCUACAAUCACUUUCCGAAUCAGUACUGCCCUCCUCCAUCUCUGAGCUGACCAUCAAGGAUUGCCCUAACCUCCAAUCGCUUCCGGUAAAAGGGAUGCCCUCUUCCCUCUCUAAACUAGUUAUUUCCAACUGUCCAUUGCUCACACCACUACUAGAAUUUAACAAGGGGAAAUACUGGUCAAAUAUUUCUCAAAUUCCCAGCAUAGAGAUAGAUGAGGAAUGCAUCUGA